AGACGCUCUUGCUCGUGAACCAGCACGCUCAACACAACAUCGACUCCAGCGCAAUGGAAGGUAGCUUUUCAGGACUCGUUUGGGGCACAGCCUCGUUCGCAACCGCCGUUGCUCCACAAGAUGAAAAGGGCUUGACAAUUCUCCCAGAGCCGACAAGGCUGCCCGAGAUGAAUCAAAGACGAGAGAGAUACCCAAAAGAGCAGUGGCUUGCGCUCAAGUCUAUUAUCGAACAGCUUUACGUCAAGGAGGGUCAAACUCUCACCAAAGUCGUAGAAUAUUUGGCUGAACAUCACGACUUCUAUCCAACGACGAAGCCAUUCAAGCGGUGGAUCUCAGAGUGGGGAUUCGAGAAGAACGUCAAACGGGAUGAAAGACGAGCGAUUCUAGAGAGGCUCGGUACUACGGCACGUGCGGUUGACUUUCAGGCAACGAUGCUUCGCGGUCGAAGGCUGGAUAAGGCUAAGAUUGAGCGAUGGAGGAAGAGGGACGGAAUUGGUGGUGGCAGUUCCCGGAAGGGACCUGAAUACUCCGGGAUGUCGGAUGGGACGCCGAAGCUCAGUGCCGGCUCACUGCCCUCGGAGAUGGAGCUUUGCAACCAGGACAAUACUCCGAAGGAUCUACCCCGCCCUGGAGAGCCGUUAGGAUCAAUGCCCACUGACCAAAUAUCGACUUUUAAUCCUUGGCUUGCGGUCGACAUUGUCGGGUCUCCUAGCCUAACCGGACUAAUAGGAGCCUACACGCUAGACCUGUGUGAAGAUAUUCCAGCCCUCGAUUUAUUACAAACGUACUCAGAAGCAAGCGAAGACGACUACGACUUGAUGGAUCCAUACCAUGCUUGCAGUGCCAUUGUAUGCGGCAAAGUUCAGAACCAACAGCCACCAUCCACACUGGGUUCUAAUUCAGUCUCUUUCGGCAUCGCUACCCUGUCUACCUAUUUCUCCAACCAGAGCCAACUUCGGAUGCCAGGACCACUAGAUGAAGUCUCUCCCUUUCCCCAAGGGGCACCUAAAAGGAGACUUUUCAAACCUCCAGAUACUAGUCACCUAGUCUCUAACUAUUCUCUGAAAACGAAGGAACUCGAAUGUAAGAGAAAGUUCAAAGCGUCGAAAAGUAUGGAGCGAUUAGAGAUUAUUGAUCUAGUUGAAGAUAUGGAAAUCUUAGCUUGGAGGCACUACGAGCUGAAUCAGCAUCGUCUAGCGGAAACCUGGUGGCGCCGGGUAAUUACUUCCAGUUCGGAGAUACCAGGAUACCACCCCUUCAAAAUAUUAUAUGCGUGCUUGCAAGUGGUCGCCAGCCUUCGGCGGCAACACAGACUCCAAAAAUCUCUAAGUCUCCAUCAGGGUGUGCAUAACAAGAUAAUGGAACUCGUUAGUCCAGACCAUGAACUCGCCUUAAAAUCGAGAGCUGCAUUAGCAAAACUGCGACAAUUGGCGGAGACCAUGUGGCGGAACUCUCGAUCUACCGGGAACUUCUUCAGAUUUGUCUCCUUCAGUUUGGGCCAAGGAAUAGAGAUACCCUGUAUUUCUUGCUAGGCCUAGGAAUAGCACUGACAUCAUGCGGUCAAGAUCGCGAGGCCGAGACGAUUCUCUAUAUUCGGGUACAACUAGAUAGCGAACUCUCCGGCUAUCUAGAUCGAACCACAAUAGACGUUCAAAAUUCUCUGGUGUCAAUGACCGUAUUAGCAAGCACUCUGACCCUACAGCGGAGAUACGAAGACAGCAAAAGUGUACUGAACGCUGGAGAAAGAUGUUUCAAGGAUCU